AUGCUGCUCCGUGGGACAAUAUCUUUGUUGCUGGCCUGCCUGGCGUUCGUCCAGCUAGGCUUCUGCGCAGAGGACUUCUACAAGGUUCUUGGAAUAGAUCGCCAAGCUACCGACAAGCAAAUAAAGACCGCCUACAGGCAACUCAGCAAGAAAUAUCACCCAGACAAGAACCCAGGAGAUCCGACAGCCGAGGGCAAGUUUGUCCAAGUCGCCGAAGCAUAUGAAGCACUUAUCGAUCCUGAGCUUCGCCAAGUCUACGAUCGCCACGGCCAUGAAGGCGUGAAGCAGCGCCAGCAAGGCGGCGGCGGUGGCGGCCACCACGACCCGUUCGAUCUCUUCAGCCGAUUCUUUGGUGGCGGCGGCCACUACCAGCGCGGCCAGCCUCGCGGACACAACCUCGAAGUCAAGGUCGCCAUCUCGCUGCGCGACUUCUAUAAUGGCCGUGACACCGAGUUCUCCUGGGAAAAGCAGCACAUCUGCGAGGAGUGCGACGGCUCGGGCUCUGCCGACGGCGAGGUCGACCGGUGCUCCACGUGCGGCGGCCACGGCGUGCGCAUCAUCAAGCACCAGCUGGCACCGGGCAUGUUCCAGCAAAUGCAGACGCAGUGCGACGCGUGCGGCGGGCGGGGCAAGACGAUCAAGCACAAGUGCCCCGUGUGCAACGGCGACCGGGUGAUCCGCAAGGCCACGCCCGUUUCUCUCAAGGUCGAGCGCGGUGCCCCCAGGGACUCCCGCGUCGUCUACGAGAACGAGGCCGAUGCCAGCCCGGACUACAUCGCCGGCGACCUCAUUGUCACGCUCGUCGAGAAGGAGCCCAGCCUCGAGGAGGACAACCCGGACCACGUGGACGGCGUGUUCUUCCGCCGCAAGGGCAACGAUCUGUUCUGGCGGGAGAUUCUGUCGCUCCGCGAGGCCUGGAUGGGCGACUGGACGCGCAACAUCACGCACCUGGACGGCCACGUGGUGCGCCUGUCGCGAAAGCGCGGUGAAACCGUGCAGCCCGGCCACGUCGAGACCGUCGAGGGCGAAGGCAUGCCCAUCUGGCACGAAGAGGGCGACUCGGUUUACCACAAGACUGAAUUCGGCAAGCUCUACGUCGAGUACACGGUCGUGCUACCCGACCAGAUGGAGACGGGCAUGGAGAAGGAGUUCUGGUCUGUGUUCCAAAAGUGGCGCGGCAAGGUCGGCGUCGAUUUGCACAAGGACAGCGGCAGACCAGAUGAGCCCAUCUCCGCGGGCGCUCAUGACGAAUUAUGA